CUUUCAACCAAUCGGGUGCGACCUAAACAUCUUUUGUUUUCCGCCCAUGUUUCGCUCAACUCGCAUAUUUUGCCUCACGUCGAAGUCGCCACAAAUUACGACUCCUCAAGUCUGAACGUGACAUUCGACAUUGACCGGCAGCAACCAUGGUUAAAGCUAAGAUGUGGGUCCUGACCAAACAUUUUGACGGCUUCCCCAAAGAAAGCGACUUCCAACUCAAAGAGGAGGAGUUGCCCGAGCUCGAAGAUGGACAGGUGCUUUUGGAAGCGUUGUUUCUCAGUGUGGACCCUUACAUGAGACCGUUCAGCCGCUUUCGCAUGAAAGAAGGAGACGUGAUGAUCGGGACUCAAGUGGCCAAGGUGGUCCAGAGCAAAAACGCGGCGUUUCCCGUGGGGGCCCACGUCGUCGGCCGCGGCGGGUGGAGGACGCGCGCCGUGUCGGACGGGUCCGACCUCCUUCCGGUCAUGCCCGACUGGCCUCGGGACGUCUCGCUUUCCGUGGCUUUGGGCACAGUCGGGAUGCCCGGGCUGACGGCCCUGUACGGAAUCGAGGAAGUCCUGGGGCUGAAAUCGGGCGAGACCCUGCUGGUCAACGCGGCAGCGGGGGCCGUGGGCUCAGCGGUCGGGCAGAUCGCCAAAAUCAAGGGCUGCAGGGUGGUCGGUUCUACCGGGUCCGACACCAAGGUGGCCUUCCUCAAAGAGCUGGGCUUCGACGAGGCCUUCAAUUACAAAACGGUGGCCUCCCUGGAGGGGGCCCUGAGGGACGCCGCUCCGUCCGGAUACGACUGCUUUUUUGAAAACGUGGGAGGACCUUUCUCAAGCGUCGCCCUAUCGCAGAUGAAAGAUUUUGGGAGAAUAGCCGUGUGCGGGAGCAUAUCCACGUACAACGACACCGAGUCUCAGACGGGCCCGUAUCCUCAAAUGAGCAUGAUCGUCAAGCAGCUCAAGAUGGAGGGCUUUAUGCAAAGCAGGUGGGAGCGGAAGCACCCGGAGUCGCUCAGGAGGCUCAUGAGCUGGUUGAAAGAGGGUAAACUGCAGAGCCGCGAGCACAUCACCGAGGGCUUCCAAAACAUGCCGGCGGCUUUCAUGGGAAUGCUGCGAGGGGAAAACACCGGGAAGGCGAUCGUGGCGGUCUGAUGGCAAAGCCGUUAUUCUUCGUCCCAGCGGUCGACUCCUCCAAGGGCAAAAUGUGCACCCGGAAAGUAGCCACGCUGCUUUCCCGUUCUGUGUUGUCCAGAAUGGAAUACGGGUUUUCUCCACCUAGCCAUGACAAUGCAAAAUUUUUGAUGUAUUUGAGUAUAUUCCCAGCCUCUGCUUGAUAAUUUGUCGCCGUUUCUGGAACUUGCUGCGAUUCCAGCCUCAAGUCUCUUCGAAAAUGACGGCGCAAGCCCAGCGCGCCGACUGCGCAAAUAAAAAGAAACUCGACAUUCCAA